AUGAGUGCUAGAUAUGAAGGUACAUCAAAUUUAUCAUCCUCAAGCUCUGAAGAUGAUGAUAUAUUUGAAGCACACAGAAGGCUUAUCACUCAAGCGAUCUACCGAAACAAUCAGGUCAUUUUGAAACAUCUGAGUGAAGAAAGCAACAAAGGCAAACAUCAAGGAUCUAUUCCUGGUCACAUAGUGAUCAAUCGUAAUAGAGAAGCUGCUGAUCGUAAUCUAUUCAAUGAUUACUUUGCCGAAAAUCCUACAUAUAAUGCUGCAAUGUUUCGAAGAAAAUUCCGGAUAGGAAGAAAUUUAUUUAUGCGUAUGUUUAACGAGGUUAGUAAUCAUGAUAAUUAUUUUGUGCAGAAAAGAGAUGGAGUUGGAAAACUUGGUUUGUCAAGUUUACAAAAAAUGACAGCUGCAUUUCGAAUAUUGGCAUAUGGUGUACUGGCAGACGCUACUGAUGAGUACAUCAAAAUAGGAGAAUCAACUACCAUAGAAAGUGUGAAAAGAUUAUUUUAUCGUGCUGUUGUUGAAGUAUUUGGAGGACAGUACCUGCGAUCACCCAAUGCUAAUGAUGUUGCCAGGCUUCUUCAUAUUGGUGAGCAGCGUGAUUUUCCUGGUAUUGCUCCCCCUGCUCGUUAUGUCAUUCAAGGAAAAGAGUAUAACAUGGGUUACUAUUUAGCUGAUGGUAUAUACCCAAAAUGGUCUACACUUGUUCAAACAAUUCAAGAUCCACGCGGUACAAAGAAUAAGUUGUUUGCAAUGAAACAAGAGGCAUGUAGAAAAGAUGUUGAGUGA